AUGAGUUACCCAUACUACUCUCCACCACCACCGUCACCUGUCCCAUGUAACCCUAUCACGCCUCCACCGCCUCCGCCAUCACCUGUCCCUUGUAACCCUAUCACGUCUCCCCCACCACAUGCAAACCACCAUGCCCAUCCACCUCCACCAUCUACGCCUCCACCGCCUCAUCAUCACCAUGGUCAUCCCAAGCCACCACCACCACCUCCACCGCAUCACCACCACCACCACCACCAUGCCCAUCCAAAGCCACCUCCACCACCUCCACCACCAGACCACCACCAGCCACCGUGCCCACCUUCACCAACUACACCGGCCAUCCAACCUCCCGCUCCGACUGAAGCACCGCCAUCCCAUCCCAUAUCUCCUCCAACCCCUACUAUCACUCCGGUUUCACCACCGCGACCACACCCUAAUGCACCGCCGCCAACACCAAAUGAUGGUCCAGCUCCACCACCAUAUAAGGCACCGCCACCUAAACCUGCAUCUCCACCACCACAUAGCUGGUCACCACCAAAACCACAUACUCCAGCUCCAGCACCCCAAAAAACUCCACCUCCAAAUAAGGCACGGCCACCUCGAUCAACACCACCCAAAAAUGCACCAAAAACACCUCCAACUACAGCAACACCGCCACGAGGACAUUACCCACCACCCCCACCAACCGUUCCCGGUGAUUAUACCCCGCCAGGUUUUUGGCCUCCCCCUCCUUAUAAAUCUCUCCCACCAUCAUCACAAAUUGCGUCGCCACCUUCCGGAGGCCACCGAACUACUAUCAUCGCGGCCUGCGUCUCCGCAGGCGGUUUUUUAUUCAUUGCGUUCCUCUUAGCUGGUCUCUUCUGCUCAAAGAGGAAGAAGAGGCCAGUGAUGGUUCCUGAAGUCCCUUGUGUUGAGGAACACGAAGAAGUCCAUGAAUCGAUCGCAACCGGUCCCUAUGGGGAGCAAACUGUAACACUGUCGGUAGAGGAUGAUAUUCAAGUUCAUGAAGCUGUGGGUUCUAGCGCUAUGGGUUUGCAUGGGAUUGCUGGAGGAGGCUCUCCUCGUGAACCGGCGGUGCCUGGGUCUCCCACUUAUCCUCCAGGCCAUCACCAACACUACUAA